AUGCAGGGCCUUGAUCCUCAUCAACGUCCGCCUGAAAAUAUCCGAAAUGUUUACAAGAAGUAUCAGAAGAUGAAGGCAAAGGAUCUCGACACAGAUGCCGACCUUGUCGAUCUGACCCAAACAUCUAAAGACUGUCUUCCUGAAGGGAUAGUCUGCCUCAAGAAUCUGCAUCCAAAAUCUCCAUCUACGAACAUGAAGACAUGCCAGGUAGGUCUCCACAUUCUCCCCUCCCUCCUCCCUCCCGAGAUCCAACUCCUCCUUCUCUCCCGCCUCCUCCACCGGGACCUCUCCUCCCCAGCGCAUCUCACAAACAUCCACACACACUACACCCUCACCUACCCUCCAUCCCACUCAUCAUUCUUCUCCUUCCCCCCAUCCUCCCGCGACCCCAUCGCCCACCCCCUCGAUCCAAGCAUCCACAAACCCCUCAGCAUCACCCAACUCCUCAACAAGAAACUCCGCUGGACGACACUGGGUGGGCAGUACGACUGGACCGCGAAGAAAUACCCCGACGCCACUCCCCCGCCUUUUCCAGCAGAUACAAAGAACAUGCUGGAGUCCAUCUUCACAACCACGCGCGCCCAAGCCGCCAUCGUAAACUUGUACUCGCCCGGCGACACAUUAAGCGUGCACCGGGACGUCGCCGAGACUUCAUCUCACGGGCUGAUCAGUUUGAGUCUGGGGUGCGACGCGGUAUUCGUCAUUGGCACGGAUGACGACAAGGUGUUAACGUUGCGCUUGAGGUCCGGAAGCGCGGUGUAUAUGUCUGGUGCGUCGCGGUUUGCGUGGCAUGGCGUGCCGCAGAUUGUGGCGGGGAGUUGUCCCGGAGUAUUUAGGGGGGUGGGCCAGGAGAGGGGUAUGAGGGUUGGGAGGGGUGGAUGGAGGGGAAGAGGGUGA